AUGAAGAUUUUAAUGAGAGCUGACACUCAUUAUAGUAUAGGAGUACGAAGCAGUGAAUAUGAGAAACCUAAUUAUACAUUUUCACAGGUUUUGGCAGCAGUUGCUGUAUCAAUGGGUUCAAUGAUAAUUGGAUUCUCAUCUGCUUAUACAUCUCCAGCUUUAGUUACUAUGGAGAACAGUACUACAAUAUCUAUAUCGAAAGAAGAGGCGAGUUGGGUUGGCAGUUUGAUGCCGUUAGCUGCCCUUCUAGGCGGUAUUAUUGGUGGCCCUCUUGUCGACUACAUCGGAAGACGAAAAACUAUUCUAUGCACUGCGCUUCCAUUUUUCAUAGGGUGGAUUCUAAUAGCCACAGCUAAAAUCGUUCAUCUUGUUUUAACAGGUAGAGUAAUAUGCGGCCUAUGUGUAGGCAUCGGAUCACUAGCAUUUCCUGUAUAUCUCGGCGAGACUAUACAACCAGAAGUCAGAGGUACUUUAGGACUAUUUCCAACAGCAAUAGGAAAUAUUGGCAUUUUGAUUUGUUACCUGGCCGGCAAGUACCUUGACUGGUCACAGUUAGCGUAUUUAGGUGCCUCUUUAUCGAUACCGUUCUUUAUUCUAAUGUUUAUGAUUCCGGAAACUCCCCAAUGGUACUUAUCUAAUGGACGCACAGAAGAAGCUAGAAAAUCGUUACAAUGGCUCCGAGGGAAGAAAGCAAAAAUCGAUAGUGAAAUGCGUGACAUAGCGUUAACCGACGCCGAAGUGGAAAAUGAUGAUUCGAGUAUAAAGGAUCUGUUCAGUCGCAAAUAUAUGAAGUCCAUAUUAAUAUCAUUAGGUUUGAUGACCUUUCAACAACUAUCAGGCAUUAACGCCGUUAUAUUCUACACAGUAUCUAUAUUUAAAAUGUCUGGUAGUGCCGUUGAUGAAAAUCUUUCGACAAUUAUUGUAGGUAUUGUCAAUUUUGUGUCAACAUUCAUAGCAACAGCACUAAUUGAUAGAGCGGGCCGUAAAGUACUACUAUAUAUUUCAUCAGUUACUAUGACAAUUACUUUAGUUGUAAUGGGUACAUUCUUUUACGUACAAAACGAUUUAAAUAUGGAUGUAAAAUCAUUGGGUUGGUUACCAUUAACUAGCGUCAUGGUUUAUUUAUUGGGUUUUUCAUUGGCAUUUGGCCCUAUACCAUGGCUCAUGAUGGGUGAAAUAUUACCAGCUAAAAUAAGAGGUGCUGCCGCAUCUAUUUGUACGGCAUUCAACUGGUUAUGUACAUUUACUGUGACAAAAACAUUCCUUAACAUUAUUGAUGGCAUUGGACCUGCUGGAACGUUUUGGCUAUUUGGUUGUAUUUGCUUCGCUGGUUUAUUCUUUGUGAUAAUUUGUGUUCCCGAGACUAGAGGUAAGAGUCUUGAACAAAUAGAAACAAAAUUAACAGGUAGAGAAACUCCCAAGACACGCAGGAUGAGCUCGAUUGCCAAUAUUAAGCCAUUACCCAAUGGAUGCUGA